CUGUAAUUUAGAAUAUCAUUUUUUAAAAAAUCAAAAAGAUUGGAAUUAAAUUAGCUAGUAUCGAUUAGACGACCAAAUUUCUAGGAUGACGGCAAAAGGAACGACCACUUAUAGACAACAUAACAGGCCUUACAGGGAGGAUAGGAAGAGAAGAAAUGAACCGGAGGAUAGGCCUAAAAAGAAAUGGGGUUUCGCAUUCUGCUUUCUAUUCACCAAUCAGGCCGGCACAGUCAUUUUAUCAUUCUCAGGUGUAGCCCUCAUGAUCACUACGAUGCUAGUUCACUGGUACGCGCCAUCCCUCACUUCUGCAGGCGUAAAAGCACUGCAAAAUCUUUUGCUACAUAUAUACUUCCUAGUCAUGUUGACGGGAUUCGUUCUAGCCUUCGUCGCAGCCUACAUCGAAAAAGGAAUAUUGGCAAAAGUAGCGGCACUGUUAGUGUUGAUUGGUACUGUACUCUACUUGAUUUUCUUCAUAUUGUCUUUCUUGACUGAAUCAAUGGUCAUGCUGUAUGUUUGCCCGGAGAUGCGCUGCCCAGACCAUCACUGGCUUCAAGACUCCAUGUGGAGGGGCUAUGUCAUCUACUCUGAAAACAUUGAUCGAUAUCGAAAUAUCGAGAAGGAAAUAAGAAAAAUUGAAGAAAAAAUAAAUUCUGUUCUUGAGCGGGAACUCGCAUCAAAUGAAUUCAACAACUCUUACCAAUACGUUUUUCUUCAAGAUAUGUUUUCGAAAACCAAACCAGAAGAGAACAAACACUUCAAUUGUUCGUUAUUAGCAGCGGAAAACGUAACGGGCACCGUGACGGAACGUCCAAACCCAAAUGAUGACCAACCACCGAGUAUAGGAAAAGGACACUAUAUACGUUUGAUGUCACCGGGAAAUGAAGGCAAAAGCAUUCUAAUAGUUAUCUCGAUUUUUUUCGGACUUAUGAUUAUAGGAGCCUCGAGUGAGCUAAUUGACAUAAACCAGAGGUUAUGAAGAUAUGAAGCGGAAAAAACAAUGCACUGGUUGAAAUGGUUCAAAUCAGACACAUUCUGUUGCGUUUUCUCACUCCAAUCCGGAGCAGUCAUGUCCAUCAUGGUCCUAUCU